AUCGCUAAUUUGACACCGCUAGAAUCGAAGAAAAAAUACCAAAGACAAAAUAAGCGAAGAAUAGUUUUUCAACGAGAAUUUUCAAAAAAUAACUAAAUUAUUGUAUAAAACGCCAUGAGUAGUCGGUAAUAUCAAAGGCAUAUAUUAUGGCUCGAUAUAAAUCUGUGUAAAAAAUAUAAAGGGGUAAUAAUCAGUGGGUGUCCGACUUGAGACCAUUGAAGAGCUACAACAAUCUUAGAAAACAAACUGUAAAUGUUACAACCUACAAGGCUGGAUUAUUACCAAGAAGCUGUUUUUCAUUGAGAGAAACAUCGUCUAGUUGUUGAGUUCUGCAAUUUUUAAAUAUUCUACACUCCUCCGCCAAAUAAUCAUAUUCUAGUACCGUUCAGACGCCCCACCCCCACCCAAAUAAUAAAUACAUAUGUACAUAGGCGACGGCGACGUUGGGUUAAGCCUACAAGCGAUGACAAAAUUUGGUGACUGAACCACUAAUCACGUGUGAAUAAAGAGAAGACUCCACGUAUAUGUCCAGUGGAAUUCGUUGACAUCAAAAAAGAGAACAAGAAAGACAUUGAUUGCAUUUAUUAGUCCAGAAUACUUCUAUUAAGAUAUAACUUUAAAAAGAAAAUCGAAAACUUAUUUAAAUCCUUAGUAUUACGAACACAUCUGAAAUACUACCACAACAACUACAUAAAGCUACAGAUUACGCAUUAAAAUGGGUAAUAAAAAUUCAUGUUGUGCCUACUCGAGUCCACAAUCGGACCGAAAGUCCAAAGAUAUACCGCCCGUCUAUGAGGAACGUCAUCAUAUACACCAACACACCUCGCAACAUCAUCUAACAGAUAGUGUAGUUCACACAGCAUCUACCGCUGCCAUACACCACAAUCCAGAAAUGGUGGACAAUUCACAAACUCUACAGCAUAUAUCAGAACGCGAGGCGACAGAGGGAGAAGAAGACCCUUCUGUUGACCCUACCGCAGCCACAAUGUUUCUCGAACGUUCAAAAGUGGAAAACGGGGGCAUUACACGCAAACGAUCUCAGCACCAAAUAGCACAGCACAAUUCUUCCGGUGGCUUGAAAAAGUCUUCUUCGUGUUCCACGAUAUACUUGGAUGACAGUACAGUGUCCCAACCGAAUUUAAAGAACACCGUCAAAUGUGUUUCUCUAGCCAUUUAUUAUCACAUAAAAAAUCGUCAAUUUGACAGACGUCUAGAUAUUUUUGACGAGAAACUACAUCCCCUGACACAUGAUCCCGUUCCCAAUGAUUAUGAUUCGCACAAUCCCGAACACAGACAAAUAUAUAAGUUUGUACGUACUCUAUUCAAUGCGGCCCAGUUAACUGCUGAGUGUGCCAUCAUAACUCUAGUCUAUUUGGAACGUCUGUUAACUUAUGCAGAACUGGAUAUAGCUCCUUGCAAUUGGAAGCGCAUGGUUUUGGGCGCCAUUCUGCUGGCCUCCAAGGUAUGGGAUGAUCAAGCGGUAUGGAACGUAGACUACUGUCAAAUCCUUAAAGACAUUACAGUCGAGGAUAUGAAUGAGCUGGAAAGGCAAUUCUUAGAACUUUUGCAAUUUAACAUCAAUGUUCCAUCAUCAGUAUAUGCCAAGUACUACUUUGACUUGCGAACUCUGGCCGAAGCCAAUGAACUGUCAUUCCCCACUGAGCCUCUGUCCAAAGAGAGGGCACAGAAACUGGAAGCAAUGUCACGAGUAAUGCAAGAUAAGGUUACUGCAGAAGCUUUGAAGAAUGGCAUUAAGAAAUGGUCGUCUAUGGACAACAUAAGCCAAGGUGGACCUAGGCGUAGUGUAGCUAUAUUAUCGUGAUUUUUAUUAGCCUAUUAAGAUGUUCGACAAUGGUUUUGAUGCAACAUUUGAGGUUUGCAAACUAUUUGAAAAUGAAACGGAAACUAAUUGCCAAAAUUAAAUAUUCUUUUUUGUGUGCACAUAACAAUUUUCUUCGAUAUUAAAGCGUUUGCUUAGCAAAAUGCUGCUGAACACAAAACUGAAUAUUAUUAAUACGUAUUAAUUCAAUAGCGAAACGUUUUAAAGUAGAGAAGUACACAUGAAAUUACUAUCAAAUACAAAGAACUCCAAUUAUCAGCUACUACAACUGAACAACAAACGCAAUUUUGAAACUAGAUUUUAAACCCCAAAAUAAACGAAACUAAUUCGUUUAAAUAUUUUUAUGGAUCAUUGAUUUGGCUGCUAUAAGAAAAUAAUUAAAUUAUUAAACCAUUUUCUUUUAAUGUUUGUUUUUAUUUUUAUUCUUUUUUUUUUUUGCAUGUUAAAUAUUGUAUUUGUAUAUUGAACAGAUAAACUAAAGCAAAACUUUUGUAAUGAAUUUAUGUGAUGUUUAAUUUAUGUUUAAUUAAAUUUCUGAAACUUCCUCUUGUUUAUAAA